UCGAACUCUCGAACUCUCGGCAAAAAUCGUAUACCGGGGCAACCUCGAUUUCUAUUGUCUUCUUUUUUCUUUUCGAGUGAUCAUUUUUCAUUUCAUCCGUUGUUGUCUUCGAUAUUAUUGUGUGCACGGAUAUACAGUUCGCGGUGACAAAUGACAAUCAUGAGUGAGAAGCAUUGCCUGGAAAUACUCGCGACAAAGAUGACGAGCGGCUGCAGCGACGAGCAGCAGCUAGAUGUCAAUCCACCAGCGGCGAAAGCUCCAGUGCCGAAAGUUCAGCUAGUCACUACUUGCACCAGUGCCAGUAAAAUCAACAUCAACAAUAACAACAACAACCACAGCAGCAUCAAUCAAAACGGAGGUCAGGAUAUAAGCGCAGCGGUGGCCAAAGUUUUGCAGGGCUACGACUGGACACUCGUGCCCGUUGCCACCAAGGGUGCAAACGACAAACGAGCGGCGCGCGUCAAGAGGCCGAUGAACGCCUUCAUGGUCUGGGCCCAGGCGGCGAGGAGGACCCUGGCUGAGAAGUAUCCACAGCUGCACAACGCCGAGCUAUCCAAGACCCUCGGCAAAGUCUGGAGAUUACUCUCGGAAUCGGAGAAGAAGCCGUUCAUCAAGAAGGCCGAUGAGCUGCGCGUCAUUCACAAGUGCACCCAUCCGGAUUACAAGUACCAGCCGAGACGCAAGAACGGCACCCGAAACAACAACAGCAGCAGCAGCAACAACAACAACAACAAUUCCACGAACCAAUCGUCGUCGUCUUCCACGUCUCAGCAGAACAACAGCAAAUCUUCAGCAUCAUCGAUCAAUUACACGUUGAAUCGAUCGGCAGCCGCUACCGUAGCCGCGGCAGUGGCCGCAACGACGUUGAAGAUGUCAACCGGUGCCGCUCACGCUACCACUGCAUCCGGUAAUGCCGCUGCUGCUCUGAAGCAGGAAGCAGAGGUCGGCGAGUCUCUGAGCUUGAGCGCGGCUGGCUCGCCGACGACCUACGAUCACUCGUCCAUGUCCUCGCCCAUGUCCCAGCAGUCGGCCAUGUCGCCACCGACGCCACCCACCACUCCGAGGGGUGGUCAGCAGCAGCAGCAGCAGCUUUGCGUCAAUCAGACCCAUCAAUCGAUGUACCAAAGUCACCAUCCGAUCAUGACGAACCUGAUGGAGCAACAAAGCGACAUGACGACUUAUCAACAUCAUCUUCAUCAGCAACAACAACAACAGCAACAACAACAACAUAGCAUGCAGAUAGCCACUCAGCAGCAACAUCAAACGGGAGUCGACAUACGCAAUUACAUGGAGCUUUCGGAUCCAUUGUCGCUCAGCGACGAAGACCAGAUGAACAGUUACGGCAACCUCAUGCCCCUCAAUUUGCCCGUCGAGUGCGAGGUCGAGAGCAGCGAAUUGGAUCAAUAUCUUCCUCACCAGCAGCAGCCACAGCAGUUGCAGCCACAGUCGAGUGUCAUCGAUGCCGGUAUACAGCAAUACAACGACUCGCCUCAUCAUCAGUGGCAAAUCAACAGAUUCGAAGAAGAGAACAAGCGCCACUACCUCGACCACCAGCAGCAACAGCAGCAGCAGCAGCAGCAGGAUCUGCUGUCGAAUCAGGACUCGAACAGUUGGGACGAUCUGCAGCAGAUGCGCGGCACGGCAACAUCAACAACGGCAGCGACUACAAGUCAACAGCAACAGCAACAACAGCAGCACAGCAAUCACGAGGAGCUCAUGAGGUAUCACGAGCUGCAGCCGCCGGUGGUGCUGCCGCCUCUGCCCUCGGUGCAGUACAUCCACGCGUCGAAUCCUCAUCAUCAUCAUCAUCACCUGCCGAUCGGCCACAUCGCGUCCGCGGCCACGAGCCACGCGCAAGCUUACACGGCCGCGGCGGCGGCUCAGUAUCAUCAUCGCCAGUUCGUCCCGAGCAUACCCGACAAUUGGCAGAAUUAUCACGCAUGAUUAUCAUAUAUGUUUUUGAACCUUAUUUUUUGUUGUUGUAAUUUCGUAGACGACGAGUGCCUUGGUAUAUAAUGUGUAAUGAUACGUGAGGGUAGUUCCCCACUCAAUGGUUGACUGUCGUUGUGAAUUCAAAGUGGCCAAAAAUGUAUGAUCGUCGAUUGUAAUGAUGCGAUCAGGAACCAGCCGUGUUAUAACCAAAUAUGACUUAUUUAAAUAGCAUUAAGCCUCUGUAAAUAGAUAAAAUUUAGAAUUAGCUUAUGCAUCGCUAUAUCGGUAUGAUUAUUCCGAUCGAUGACGAUCAUUUUUUUAAAAAGCUCGCGAAACGAUCAAUCGACAUUGAUUUGAAUGAAAAAAAGCUCUACUCGCAGCUAUCGAAGGAAAA